CUUAUCCCCCUUUCCAUGCUGCUGAAGUUGGCCCCGCUUCUGGUCGCGCUGCCGGCGUCUGCCCUGCCGGCGGAAACCGUCCACGACAUCAACCCGACCGCUCGCAGCACCACAUUUGCGCCCAAGCCCAACCCUCCCGUGCCCGACGUGGUCGACGACCCCGCCUGGCUGAUUGCCACUUCUGGCUUCUGUUCGAAUCUCAAUGUCGUGAUGAAGGAGCGCGACGUCGAGGCGAGCGAGACGGAGGGCGAUACGGCGGCGCACUUCAUGGCCGACAUCGAGUUCAACUACUACCCGCAGGCGGCGGUCAAGUUCACCGACUUCCCGCACCACCUCGCGAAGACCAUCGAGGGCGACGCAGCAGAGGCGGACGCGCUGGUCUCGAGCGCGUGGGAUCACAAGAACAUCGCGUUGCUCGAGCCGACGUCGACGUGCAGCUCUGACCAACAGGCCGACCAAGCGUGGGGCAUCUCCGUCUUCAAGGUGGAGGAGCACCGCCACUGCAUGGACGGCGAGACCGCGUGGGAGGGGCAUCCCUGCGUCCACUACUCCGGCUACGUCUCGGCAGCUACGUCCAACUUUGUCAACGUGAACGAGGGGCGAUUUGUCUGCCAGCUGUUCGUCGAUUCGAUUGUGGAUGAGGCGAUCGAAGCGGGUGUCUAUGUCGCGCUUGCAGCUCUCAUCGAGCCUCACAAGACGUGUGAUUUGUGGAACCUUGGGCCUUGCGUGACAGACGGGAAGAACAAAAUGAAGGACGUCAUUCGCAAGUUGCAGCAUGAGGUUCGCCAGCUUCCUACCUGCGACAAACGUGGCGAAGGCCUAGUCAAGUCCGUGAUGGAUUUGGUGUGUUCCGUCGACUCUGUUUUGGACCAGUGGAAAAAUGCCGUGUGCGAUGUGUGCCACUCGUAUUGCGAUCGCGAGGCGCGCGAAGGGGGCAAAUCGGCCCGCUGCGGCACCGCUGGCAACGCCUUCGAGAGGGAGUUGCUCGACUGCCACAUCGGGUGCUAGAACGAUACUCGAGUACAGUUCCGGACGGGCAUUAAGAACUGCGGCGCUCGUAGCCCAGGCUCAGGUUCUUAGCUAUGUCGAAGGCAGGCCGGCACGCGAGCCUCAGGUUCUUAGGGGGGGGGGGGGGGGGUCAUACGACCGUUGCACGUGCUCUCUCUCGACGACUACGGGCACAACGAGGUGCCCAACGCGUGGGUCUUGCUGGAGGCUGUGUAGGAUAGAUAGGCCGAUAGGCCAGGACAGGGUAGUCCUGCCUACGCACGCGCUGCGCAUCAGCGUGUGCUGUAGAUGCGCAUCAGCGUGUGCUGUACCGGGUCGUGGGUUCGAGAUGGGUGUCCGACCUAGCCUUAGCCCAGGCUCAGGUUCUUAGCUAGAUUGGCGACAAUCCGCCAAAAUGUAAGCCUCAGGUUCUU